AUGGACGACACACUAGACCACACGCUUGGGUCGACAAGAACCGAUGAGAAGCAACUGACUCCAAAGCCUACGCCCCAGCCUCAACCUGAAGUCAAUGUCAAGAAAGAAGUCAAGCAGGAACAAGAGCAGGAAUCUUUACCGGAAGUCAAACAAGAUUCUGGACAUGAUGUCAAACCAGAAGUGAAGCAAGAAAACGCCGAGCCCCAUGGACAAGUGGAAGCAUCAGUUCCAAACACGAACAAGAGGAAACGUGAAUCCACGGAGCCUUCGGGCGAGCCGUAUGACCCGUCUGGAGAGGCUCUGCCACCGAAGGCGAUUUUUCACCCAUCCUUCAAGAAAACAGAAGAAUGCGCCCAGGAUAUUGUCAAUCUCUUCGUGUCAAUCAUCGAUGAGCAUACAGGAGUGGAUGAGGGCAUCUUGUCUUUGCGGGCAGAUGGCUUCAAAGCCAUGACAAUGCCAAAAAUAAAAGACACUUACGUAGGUGUUCUAGGGAUAACUGGAAGUGGCAAGUCAUCCUUGAUCAAUUCUUUGACCAGUUACGAGUUUGCACCGAAGAGCGAUGCUGGCGCGUGCACAGCAGCCCCUCAGGAGUUCCGCAGUCGGCACCGCCAACAAAAACUAAAAUUUGCUGCGGAAAUAAUGCUUAAACCUCUGAAUGAGUGCGAGACGAUGCUCAUCGACAUGAUCAAAGACAUUUGUUCCUUUCAGGAGCAACGAGAUCAACGUGCAGCUGUCAACGAAAUCGCCUUCGGAGCUUUUGAUAAAAAGGCCCGCACCUAUGUCGACAUUUUUUACGCACUCUUUUGCAACCACGAGGAAUGCUCUAGCCAAGAUGCGGUGUUAGACACUUUCGCUUCUUUACAGAUCGAGGAAGAUGCCGAAGACCUCCUCCCGUUGGAUCAGUGGCUGUCCUCACUUUUCUCUGACUUGAACGUGACGGAUGGCAAGGUAUACUUUGAGGCGGAUAGUGAAGAAGAGCUUCAUAGUAUCAUUGAGCCAUUCGUCAGAAUGAUUGAGCCAAGCGAAGGCGAUGACGAUUGUGAGCCUUCGCCAUGGCCGUUGGUCGAAGUGGUCAGGAUCUACGUCGACUCCCCUUUGUUGAAAACUGGCGUUGUCUUAGUAGACCUUCCUGGUCUUAAUGAUGCAAAUGAAGCCAGAGUACAGGCUUCCGUACGAUAUCUAGACAAGCUGGAAUUCACCAUCGUGGUUGGCGAUAUAAAGCGCGCUGAGGACGAUGGGUCCGUGUACGAAUUCCUCGUACGGGCUUACCGUCGGAGGAAGAGCGGUUCCGCUAUCAUGGUCUGUACUCGCUCAGAUGACAUCGACAACAAUCACAGAGGUCGCAUGAGAGAUGCCGACGCUCCCGCAAAAGAGACAUUGAAAAGGACCAAUCGAGACCUCAACAAAGUCCGGAAGGACCGUAAAUCGAAACAGGAUGCCUUAGAAAAAGCCCAAGACGACAGUGAUGAUGAAACGGCGAUGAGACUUUCUAAGCUCGUCAGGGAACUCAAGUUGAAAGAGUCAGAACUCGAUAGGGAGUAUACUGGAGCCUCCAUUGCAGUUCGGAGCAAAAAGACCGCAAACGCCUUGAAGAGAAAUUACAAAGAGGCAGUCGAAGACAAGAAACCUCUGCAGGUCUUUUGUGUGUCAAACAAGCUUUACGACUUACAUCGCCAAGGAUUUCACAAACGCGAUAUUCCCAUUUUGAGUGUGGAAGCUACAGAAAUACCGGCCCUUAGAAGCCACAUACUUGGGCUACCAUCCAAAAAACGACUGGACCAACUAAAGGAACUCGCGCAAGACUCUCUGCCAAACUUCCUCCUCCGAGUCAAGUUGUCCUGCUGCAAGACUUCCUUGCAGACUAAGGCUGCGCUGAUCAAGCUUGUCACUGCUCCGCUAGAGGACUUUGGCGCGAAAAUCCGGCAGAUUUGCGCAGAAUACAAGGCCAAAGUUUUGACGCCCGUCAUCGCGCAAUUGGAUUCUGAUCACCCAGAGUGGAUGAACCAUACCCGGAGGAAGCUUGAAGAAUGGGAAGCCCUCCGUUGGAUGUCUGGUAAAGCUUUUUGCCGUCGAAGCGGCUAUUGGAAGGUCCAAGCCACGGGAGAUUUUGACUGGAAUGCGGAGAUGUUGAAGCCGGUCUCGGAAGGGCUUGAGUCACUGAGGCCGUCAUGGACAGACGCAGGCCAUCUCAUGUCGAAAUCACUAAACAAGGCUGGUGAGGACCUGGUCGACAGUAUUGAGUACGGUCUUCAGAACAACCUCAACGAGCCGCAGAAGGAGGCACUCUUAGUCUUCCUUAAACUUCUGUCAAGCCAGAAAGAUACGUUCAGCCGGAGAGUGAACGAAGUUAAAAUAAAGGUGGAGAGGGAAUUUGAAAACAGAACUGUCGUAACAAGGGCGACUACAUCACAGGAUGCACACAAUUCAUACUUUGUAGUUGCAAUGAAGCCGAUCUACAAGGAAGCUUACGAUUUCAGUGGCAAGGGCUCGCACAAGGAACGGUUCAAUCUUCUUCGGGAUAAGAUAUUGGCUCCUGAAAAAGGCCCAUAUGUCGCUAUCAAGGAUGGCUUCAAGAAAGCAUGCGAGAAGAGCAUCGACGAGCAAGCCAAAUACCUCUCUGAUGCUGCCAUGGCGAUUUUCACAGAUGUUUCCAGUAGUUUAUCCAGAAGCAUCGACGACGGGGAGGAAUCUGUGUCUAAGGCGAUGCAAAUCCGGCAGCGGUUGGAGAGCGAACUUCCAAACGCCCAAGAUAUCAUCAAGGGUCGUCUUACGGACCUACUAGAGGAUUGCGAAAUUGCCGAGCGUGAGUAG